UAAUCGGGAAGAUAAAAAGGAUCCGGUAAAAUUAAUCGUAUUUCGGAGUUAAAAUGGCGUCGAUCUCCGCCGUAGGUCCGUCGUCGGCAAUGAAGGAAUCUCCAAAUUGGCUGUUAAUGCCUGACGAACUGAUGGAAAAUAUAUUUGGAAGAUUGAAUAGCGUGGAAAAACUCAGGAGCGCAGGGCAAGUAUGCAGAACUUGGCGGAGAAUUUGCAAGGAUCCGGCGAUGUGGAAGGUCAUCGAUAUUAACAAAUGGCAGGAUGGUUGUGAUAGGAAUUACAAAAUCGAGAUGCUGACUAAGCAGGCAGUCGAUCUCAGCUGUGGGGAACUGAUUGAUAUCAGUAUCGGAGGAUUUUGCACCGAUGAUCUCCUUGAUUACAUCGUGCUACGCUCACGUAAGCUGAAGCGUCUUGACCUUUGGUCCUGCGACCAUAUAGCGGAUAGUGGGUUUAGUUGGGCAAUCAAAAGACUGUCGCAGUUGGAGGAACUUGAAUUCUCUUACAUCUUUAUCAGUGUAGAAGACAUUGAAGUUAUUGGACAGAAUUGCCCUCAGCUCAAGUCUUUCAAGGUAUUUGACAUUAUAUACACCAGGCCAUACGCCGAAUGUGAUGAUCUAGCUGUUGCAAUUGCAAACAACAUGCCCGGGUUACGCCAUUUGCAGAUUUAUGGUGAUGAGAUGACAAAUGAUGGACUGAAGGCCAUUCUUAAUGGCUGCCCUCACCUUCAAUCCCUAGACGUGCGUGAGUGUCAUAAUCUUUAUCUUGGGGGGAAAUUGGGAAAACUCUGCAUGAAACGGAUCAAAGAUUUUAAGCACAACUCAACACAAACCUCUGAUGAUGAUGAUUAUGAUGAUGAUGAUGAUGAAAUGCAUAUGUAUCCCUCUGGGUCCGAUGUUGAUGAAUCUUUUGAAGCGGACGAUUAGGAAUACUAUAUGAUUGAUUGGUAUGGAUCUUUAGUUGGAGAGAUGUUAUCAAAUUUGCUUAGAAUUGGAUCUAGUACAAUUUAAAACUUUAAUUGCACCAGAUGCACAUCCUUUUUGCUUUCAAAAAAUGUUAUGUUAUCUUUAGGAAGGGUUUGCUAAGCAAGAAGAUGAUUGAGUUUUGUGAGAAAAUGGGAAUUGUGGAAGUAAACGUUGAGAGGCCGGGGAUGUUGAAGUAAAACACAAUUCUUGAUUGGAUUAUGAUUAUGUACAUGUUUUGCAUGCGUUCAUGGACUACUUAUGUCCAACUUUAUUUUAUUAGUUUACUUAGUAGUUUAGUUUUUCUUGACUUGGUCUUCCAGUAGUGGGUAGUUUCUUCAUAGUUUUAUGUCAUAUGUUAGUGGGACAGUUAUUCCAGUUUAUGUAAACCUUUUUUGCACCGUAGUUAAUAAGUAUUCAAGUUUGUAUUUGGAAGGC